AUGUCAUACGAUUACGUAAUAUGUGGAGGUGGAACUGCUGGUUGCAUUGUAGCUCGAAGACUAGCUGAAAAUCCAAAUGUGACUGUUUGUCUUAUUGAAGCCGGACCAUCUGAUGAAGGAAAUGAUGACGUAGCAAAUAUUCGUAAAUGGGCUAGUUUACUUGGUACAGAACUUGAUUACAAAUAUUCGAUUGAAAAACAACUAUAUGGUAGCAGUGACAUAAUUCAUAAUAGAGCUAAAGUAUUAGGUGGUUGUAGUUCUAUCAAUGUGGCCAUAGCUUUUAUACCUCCGGCUAAUGAUUUGGAUCAAUGGGAACAGUUGGGAGCACAAGGUUGGAAUUCUAAAGCUACGCGAAAAUAUUAUAAUAAAGUAUUUGAGAAAGUAAAUUUGCAAACAGUUCCACCAUUGAAUCCAUUAAACCAAGCAUUUAUCGAUAGUUGUACGGCUGUCAACAUCCCACAAAUAGAAAUGAAUUCGGAUGCAUUUGUUAAUGAAUUUUCCGAUUGUUGUGGAUAUUUUCAACUGAAUGUUAGUGGACUAAAUCGUUGUUCAAGUUCUCGUUCUUAUUUACAUCCGAUUUCAUCAUUACCAUCUAAUUUAACAAUUUUAACUAAUACAACUACUACUAAACUCAUCAUUGACCAAGAAAGUAUGAUUGUUACUGGAGUUCUCACAAAUACCAAUGAGAAUAUUAAAGUGAUGAAAGAAUGUAUACUAUCUAGUGGAGCAUUUGAUACGCCAAAAUUACUUUUAUUAUCGGGUAUUGGACCAGUACACCAUCUACAACAAAUGAAUAUCCCAUGUAUUCUUAAUCUUGAAGGAGUUGGUUCAAAUUUAAUGGAUCAUCCAGAAUGUGUCAUCAUAUGGGAAUCGAAUUAUCCUUUACCGGAUCCUGUAAUUCAACGGUGGGAGACUGCACUGUUUUUUAAAACUCAAACAUAUUCAACUAAACCUGAUUUGAUGUUUCAUUUUGGUAUAGAAGCAUACGAUAUAGAAAACAAUUUAUUUGGUUAUCCGUCAGAAAAACAUGCAUUUUCAAUCGCAUUCAAUGUGAACAAGGCUAAAAGUAGAGGACAUGUUCAACUACGAUCAAAUAACUAUUUGGAUCCGCCUCAGAUCGAUUGUCGAUACUUGACUGAUGAACAAAACCAUGAUAAAGCUGUAAUGAUAGCCGGACUGAAACUAGCAAGAAAAAUCAUUGAACAGACUCCUCUUCAAAAAUGGACGAAAUGCGAAUUAUCUCCAGGAGUACAAAUUCAAACUGACGAGGAAAUAUGGGAUUAUUGUCGAAAAGCGACUACGACACUCUUUCAUCCUGCUGGAACAUGCAAAAUGGGUAAUGUAGACAAUGACAAUAUGGCAGUUGUUAAUUCUCAAUUAAAAGUUAAAGGAAUCAAAAAUUUAAGAAUUGCUGAUACAUCUAUUUUUCCCACAAUGAUAUCUGUUAAUCCGUGUAUUACAUGCAUGAUGAUUGGAGAAAAAUGUGCAGAUAUGAUCAAACAAGAUUAA